UUAGAACUCAACUAUAAAAUCAAGCUUCGCUCUCUUCUAAUUUCCAAGCCGAUAGGGAUAUUCGAUCGGAGUUGAGAAAAAGCGCGCCGGAGAACGCCAACGCCAAGCAGAAGCUCUUUGACCGCUCGAUCAAUGGCUACCAAAGUCUAUAUUGUGUACUACUCUAUGUACGGACAUGUAGAGAAACUAGCAGAGCAGAUAAAGAAAGGGGCUGCAUCUGUGGAAGGAGUUGAAGCAAAGCUAUGGCAGGUCCCUGAGACUCUAUCAGAGGAAUUCCUAAGCAAAAUGAGUGCACCUCCGAAGAGUGACGUCCCAAUCAUUACACCAGGCGAACUUGCUGAGGCUGAUGGGCUCAUUUUUGGCUUCCCCACAAGAUUCGGGAUGAUGGCUGCUCAAUUCAAAGCAUUUCUAGAUGCAACUGGAAGUUUAUGGCGAGCGCAGCAGCUUGCAGGCAAGCCGGCUGGAAUCUUCUACAGCACUGGAUCCCAAGGCGGGGGACAAGAAACCACUGCGUUGACGGCCAUCACCCAGCUGGUUCACCAUGGCAUGGUCUUCGUCCCCAUCGGCUACACGUUUGGAGCUGGCAUGUUCGAGAUGGAAAAAGUGAAAGGUGGAAGUCCUUACGGUGCGGGGACAUAUGCCGGUGACGGCUCAAGACAACCCUCUGAACUCGAGCUGGAACAAGCUUUCCACCAGGGGAAGUACAUCGCCGCCAUCACUAAGAAGCUCAAGGGAGCUACUGCGUGAUCGUUGUUGAAAGACAAUGAUACCAUUUGGCAUUCUUACAGUUGAUAUUUCUACUAUAAACUACAGUGUCGUUUCUGUGUGCAUGCAAAAGGUAUAUUCUUGCCGUCUUUGGAUAUAAUUAAGCUUGUAUGUGUGUGUAAUCAGCAACAGUGGUUUUCGACAGUUACAAAAAGUCUGAUAUUUCAUCUGGGAAAUCA